AUGCGCACUCGAUCGCAGCCAAUUUCCCCAAACGGGUUUCAGUCGCUGGAAAUCGCUCCUCGCAGACGGAAGGCGCAGACAACCGCGACUGCCUCCAGGGCCACCAAGGUCACCAAGCCCGCAGCGGAGGCAAGCGCCAAAGUUGAGAAAAAGAAACCUGGAAAGCGCGGCCCCAAGAAAACGUCGAAGAAAACCGCGAGCAACCAGAUGCGAGCAGAUGCAGCAGAACUGUCAGAUCAGGAGCAACCACAGUCUCCACAAGCCCCUCAAACUCCAACACGAAACUGGGGUAUUCGAGGGCUAUUUAACUCGGUUCCUAGGUCGAUUUCAAAAUUCAUUCCUACAUUUAACCUGUCUCCAGUGCGAAGAGAGUUGUCGUCAGAGGGCUUUCGGACACCCCCGGAAAUUGUAACGAGACCUGCGCAAUCCACACCAGUUACCAGUACCCCCGAUCAGGGUGAGCUACCUGAACAGUUUGAGCAAUCCCGGGAUCCAGAGCAUAUGACAUACUCACUUUUUCCGCAACCCCUAAACCGGCGCCAGCUGUUGGGAACCCCUCCGGAUGUUCCAUACUCACAGAAUGAAGCCCGAAAGGUUCUGGCGACUGAAACUACCGUUUCUAAGGAAACUGAAAUCAACAAUGAGCAUCACACGCCCGGCAAUAAUAACAAUAACAAUAACAAUAACAAUAACAACGGCAGCAGUAAGAACCCAAGAAAACGCAAGCACUCCAUUCCAAAACCAAUUCCCAACCCCCCAGGCACCAGCUAUGGAAUGGACUUAAGAUAUUUUGGAGACAGUUCACUAAGCGAAGCAGAUGAUGACUCUACGCCCGAAGAUAUAACUGCAUUUGACACUGAACAACCUCCGGCCUCCAUUGCACCAACAGAGCAACCUGCUAUUCGAGGUAUCCUACGUGUUACAAAGCGCGUUCGUUUUGAUGCUAGUCCUGAGAACACUCCAUCCAAACUUCGACUCCGCCAUCCCCAAUCCCAAAACAUCGACAAUGACCAGAGAACAACGGAGGAACAAAGUUCAGCCCUUCCUUAUACAGACGAUCCGAUGGAUAUCUCCAGCGACCACUCUACCGGCGAACCGUCUACGUUUACCUCACCUGCCAACCCUCAAACCCCUUCAUCCGAUUCUCUGGGAGAUCCCCAGCCCUCUUCGCCUUCUCCACCGAUUAUUCGUCCAAAUCCAUUUGGAACUUACUGCCUAGAUUACGAUAUGUUUUCAGACGACGAUGAUUUAUAUGAGGAUGAGGAGAUUGCGGCGGAAGCGGCGGAAACAACUACAAGUCUCAGCACUGGCGCCACCGCGAAUGAAACACCUGCCCCAACUCCCCAGGAUCGUGACACGGCUACUUCCUCUUCCCUACGAAGUCAGGUUACUGCGCACGAACCUUCCGCAUCAUCACCAGGUGUCUCUCAGUCCUCAUCCACUGCUCUUGAGGUUGCGCCGGUUGGUUCUCAAACAUCACAACAGCCUUCUGUCUUUGCUAAUAACUGGACACAACCUCCGCCGCCUCGCCCGACGCCGGCUCAUGCGUCUCUUCCAUCGCAGCCAACCACACCCGUUGGCGCGGAUGCUGUCGCCAAGCUCCGUUCACAGGCCGAGAAGUACAAGCCGAAGCUCCCUAGCGGGCUUCGUGCUUCCCGCCGGUACUCUUCCAGUCCGCUGUCGGCUCCAGACAGUGGUGACAAUAUGGCCUCGGAGCCUGAACACUUUGGGCCGCUGUUGGAUUCCCCUCUACCACAUCUCAACGGACGUGAGCCACGCCAAGCCACGGAAGCCAAGGGGGAGGCUUCCGUGGCGGACAAGGAGAAUUUGCCCGGCGACCUGGGGGGGUCGUCGGCGCAAAGUUCGCACGUACCAAGCCCCCGGAUAAGACAAUUGGUCCGUGAGAUGUGGUUAGAGGAGGAUGACGACGCGGCCGACGAGGUGUUCAGUCGCGAGUUCCGCCGAUUCCGCCGGGAGAAAUCCCGGUUGGAGGAGUCGGAGCUGCAGGAGGAGGAGCGGGGAGAGGAAGAGGAGGAAGAGGAGGGGGCAGCUCCCAUCGAGCCCUUUAACCUGGGCUCGUAUGGUACGCACGCACGUAUGAGGCGGGGCGAGGGAGGCGCAAACGGAAUUUUUCAUGAAGAUGUUCUUACUGUCUUGAAUCAUGAAAACCUCGUAACCGAUAAACACUGCGUGGAGACGACUUAG